UGUCCAGCAGCGGAGGCUGGCGGUGCUGCUGCAGCGGAACAGGAGGAGGCUAGCUGGCUAAGUUGCUGCACGGCAGCUCGGGGGAGCCCUGCGGCCCUUGGGUGGAUUUGUGGGGUAAUUCCCCGGCGGUUUGGGGCUGGUUUACUGGUUGGGGAAUAUCGUGAUAAUGUGUAUUUUGAGUUAGUUGGCGAGGAGAGUCUGAGUGGAAGCUUAGGAGUGGACGCCCUCUCUGGAAAAUAGCUAGCGUUAGUUUUUUUUUUGCUUAGCUUAGCUUAGCUUAGCUAACCUGGGUUAGCACCUUGGAAACGGCGCUUGGAGACGAAUCUGGCGAACAGGUUGCUGUCAUCAAUCAAAUUCCUGCGCUGCGAGGGGUCAUGGUCCAGGCUGCUGCACCGCGGCCGGCUUUUACUGCACAACCCCCCCGAGAAGCCCUGCUCUAAACCGGCCAGCUGCAGCAGCAAACCCCCCGAGAGCCGCCGCCACCACCGCCGCUGCUCAGCUCUGCAGGUCUGCAUUAGUAGUGCUGUUCUCGCUGGGGGGAAGAAGGCGGCAGCUCCAUCGCCCAUGCCCGCCAUGCCUGGUCCGGCGGCCAGCAAAGCACGGGUGUAUGCUGAUGUCAACACUUUGAAGAGCAAGGAUUACUGGGAUUAUGAAGCACAUGUGCCUAGUUGGAGCAAUCAAGAUGACUAUCAGCUGGUGCGCAAGCUUGGAAGAGGCAAAUACAGCGAAGUGUUUGAAGCCAUCAACAUCAACAGCAACGACAGAGUCGUAGUUAAAAUACUUAAGCCUGUGAAGAAAAAGAAGAUUAAGCGUGAAAUCAAAAUCCUGGAAAACCUGAGGGGAGGAACCAACAUAAUUCGCCUUGUGGACACUGUGAAGGAUCCUGUGUCCAGAACACCAGCCCUUGUCUUUGAGUGCAUCAAUAACACAGAUUUCAAGGAUCUAUACCAGAGAUUAACAGAUUUUGAUAUUCGCUUCUACUUGUACGAGCUUCUAAAGGCUCUUGAUUACUCUCAUAGCAUGGGGAUCAUGCAUCGAGAUGUGAAGCCACAUAAUGUCAUGAUAGAUCACCAAAUGAGAAAGUUGCGCCUCAUCGACUGGGGCCUUGCUGAGUUCUAUCACCCUUCACAGGAGUACAAUGUAAGGGUGGCCUCAAGAUCAUACAAGGGACCAGAGCUGCUGGUUGAUUAUCAGAUGUAUGACUAUAGUUUAGACAUGUGGAGCUUGGGCUGCAUGCUGGCAAGUAUGAUCUUCCAGAAGGAGCCCUUUUUUCAUGGCCAGGACAAUUAUGACCAGCUUGUCCGUAUUGCUAAGGUUCUUGGGACCGAAGAGCUUUACAGCUACCUUAAUAAAUACCACAUUGAACUGGAUACACGUUUCAAAGACCUGCUUGGACAGCAAACACGAAAGCGCUGGGAGCACUUUGUUCAGCCAGAGAAUCAGCACUUGGUGAGUCCUGAGGCUCUGGACCUGCUGGACAAGCUGCUGCGUUAUGACCAUCAGCAGAGACUGACUGCCCAGGAGGCUAUGGAACACCCUUACUUCUAUCCUGUGCUGAAAGGACAGUCUCUCUCAAACUCAGAUGGCACUCUGGCAAUAAGCAGCUCGACUGCAACAUGAUGAGCUAAAGACAGGAAAACCUUUUUACCUCAGUGUUUGGCAGAGACCCUGCGUUUCAGGUGUAAAGCUUCACUUUACUGGAGCAAGAAGUCAUAAAGAAACAAAAGACAUGUACAGAACGGACACAACAACGGGCUGGCCGAUUCCCUCUCCUUCAUUCACUUUGUAUUAGUGCUGCUUGCCACAGUUACCCAGAUACCAGAAACUGGUAUUCUGUAUGCCCCCCUUCUCCCCUCUUUUAAGUUGAACAUCUCUCUCUAAAAAAGAAAAAGAAAAAAAAUGAACCUGAAAUAUAAGUUAUAUGAUAUAUUGUGGUCGGGAAAGAAUGCCUGCUCUUUCCCUGUGACUCUCAGGCUCUAUAUGACUGAUAUGACUGAUGUGGGCUCAGGAUCCAGGUUGCAUUAUGUGGAAGAUUGUGCUGGUCAGUGACUUGCCCUGCUGUAUUGAGCGCAGAUUCUAAAUUAUAGUAUUAUUGGGUAUGGAGGCUUUUCUGCAAUCUAUUGAAAGUAUGAUAUAUUAAACAAGAGAUGAUAAUUUUUAA